UCUGCCAGCGACGUGUUCAGUUCGAACGACGCGCUGCGUGCGAUUAUCUCUGGGGAUCAUCCUCGUCGUCACUACAGAGAGGCUGCGGACAAUGCCCUGCUGAAAAAGGAUUCUCGCCAAAAUGCUGCGGCGUACUACUGCAGCCCUCUUUAUCUUGGUGAUUGCUACAUCCAGGUCGCAACUCACUCAGGAAUUAACAAACUCCAAUCAGGAUGGCGAAAUAAUUUUGAAUAUAAGCGAUGAACAAAAAAUUCAAUACUUAAGCCAAAACUUUGAAUCAGAUGCAUACAAAUAUGGUUACGAUAUCAAUCCACAUGGGCAAUUCCACCAUGAAACACGUGGCCCAGAUGGCAUUACCUAUGGAUGUUACGGCUACGUCGAUCCCUUUGGCCACUUAAAAGCAACUUUUUAUAUCAGUGAUGGAUGGGGUUAUCGCGUUGUUCAACAAGGGAAAGAUGUGGAACUUUUCCUUCACAAGCAUGAACAUGGCAAUCAUCAUGAUCAUCAUGAACAUCAUGGUGUAAUUACACCAUGGAGAGAGUUAUAUUUUCCCGAAGUGUGUGCAAAAUACACAAACGCUAACGUGCCACCUGUCGCAAUACCAAGUGGAGGAAUAGCACCUAUCGGAAGUGGAUCAAUGAUUGAAAUAGCACCAACACGAGCGCCUCCAUAUAGGCCUGAAAAGCCGUCAUAUCCUGGACACCCAGGAACGCCACCCCAUCCCGGACAUCCAGAAACGCCGCCUCAUUCCGGACAUCCGGGAAUGCCGCCCCGUCCCGGACAUCCGGGAAUACCAUCACAUCCUGGACAUCCAGGAACGCCGUCACAACCCGGACAUCCAGGAACACCUCCCCAUCCGGGACAUCCGGGAACGCCGUCACAGUCCGGACAUCCGGGAACGCCGUCACAGCCCGGACAUCCAGGAACACCUCCCCAUCCCGGACAUCCGGGAACGCCGCCUCAUCCCGGACAUCCAGGGACACCUCCCCAUCCCGGACAUCCGGGAACACCGCCCCAUCCCGGACAUCCGGGAACACCGCCCCAUCCCGGACAUCCAGGAACACCGUCACAGCCCGGACAUCCGGGAACACCGCCUCAUCCCGGACAUCCAGGAACACCGUCAUAUCCCGGACAUCCGGGAACGCCGCCUCAUCCCGGACAUUCGGGAACACCGUCCCAUCCCGGACAUCCGGGAACACCGUCCCAUCCCGGACAUCCGGGAACGCCGUCACAGCCCGGACAUCCAGGAACACUACCCCGUCCCGGACAUCCAGGAACACCUCCCCAUCCCGGACAUCCGGGAACGCCGCCUCAUCCCGGACAUCCAGAGACACCUCCCCAUCCCGGACAUCCGGGAACACCGCCCCAUCCCGGACAUCCGGGAACACCACCCCAUCCCGGACAUCCAGGAACACCGUCACAGCCCGGGCAUCCGGGAACACCGCCUCAUCCCGGACAUCCAGGAACACCGUCAUAUCCCGGACAUGCGGGAACGCCGCCUCUUCCCGGACAUCCGGGAACACCGUCCCAUCCCGGACAUCCGGGAACACCGUCCCAUCCCGGACAUCCGGGAACGCCGUCACAGCCCGGACAUCCAGGAACACCUCCCCAUCCCGGACAUCCAGGAACACCUCCCCAUCCCGGACAUCCGGGAACACCGUCCCAUCCCGGACAUCCGGGAACACCGCCCCAUCCCGGACAUCCGGGAACACCGCCCCAUCCCGGACAUCCAGGAACACCGUCACAGCCCGGACAUCCGGGAACACCGCCUCAUCCCGGACACCCAGGAACACCGUCAUAUCCCGGACAUCCGGGAAUGCCGCCUCAUCCCGGACAUCCGGGAACACCGUCCCAUCCCGGACAUCCGGGAAUACCGUCCCAUCCCGGACAUCCGGGAACGCCGUCACAGCCCGGACAUCCAGGAACACCUCCCCAUCCCGGACAUCCAGGAACACCUCCCCAUCCCGGACAUCCGGGAACACCGCCCCAUCCCGGACAUCCGGGAACACCGCCCCAUCCCGGACAUCCGGGAACACCGCCCCAUCCCGGACAUCCGGGAACACCGCCCCAUCCCGGACAUCCGGGAACACCGCCCCAUCCCGGUCAUCCGGGAACACCGCCCCAUCCCGGACAUCCAGGAACACCGUCAUAUCCCGGACAUCCGGGAACGCCGCCUCAUCCCGGACAUCCGGGAACACCGUCCCAUCCCGGACAUCCGGGAACGCCGUCACAGCCCGGACAUCCAGGAACACCUCCCCAUCCCGGACAUCCAGGAACACCUCCCCAUCCCGGACAUCCGGGAACACCGCCCCAUCCCGGACAUCCGGGAAUACCGCCCCAUCCCGGACAUCCGGGAACACCGCCCCAUCCCGGACAUCCAGGAACACCGUCAUAUCCCGGACAUCCGGGAACGCCGCCUCAUCUCGGACAUCCUGGAACGCCGCCCCAUCCCGGACAUCCGGGAACGCCGUCACAGCCCGGACAUCUAGGAACACCGUCAUAUCCCGGACAUCCAGGAACACCUCCCCAUCCCGGACAUCCGGGAAUACCGCCCCAUCACGGACAUCCGGGAACGCCGUCACAGCCCGGACAUCCAGGAACGCCGCCCCAUCUCGGACAUCCGGGAACACCGCCUCAUCCCGGACAUCCAGGAACACCGUCAUAUCCCGGACAUCCGGGAACGCCACCUCAUCCCGGACAUCCUGGAACGCCGCCCCAUCCCGGACAUCCGGGAACGCCGUCACAUCCUGGACAUCCAGCAAUUCCUGGUAGUCCAGGAAUAGCCAUAUUACCAUUAUAUCCAACAUAUCCUGGCACGCAUGGUACUUUGGGAAAACCCGGUAUACCAUCAUAUCCGGGACCUAUAGGAAUUAGUAUCGCUAGCACUUCUGGCCCUAUCGGUAUAUCAGAAAUAUCCGAUCUAGAAAAACCAGGAAUACCGUUAUAUCCAGGAUAUCCUAUUUAUCCCAUCACUGAAACACCUGAUGCACCGUCGCAUUCUGCGACACCAGGUUAUCCUACAUACACAGAAGAUUCAAAGAGUCCAGAAGGACCUAAAGGGCCAGUGGGAAACGUAGGACCAGUUGGUGGUAUUGGUGGCAUAGGAAGUACAGGUGGUAUAGGAGGUGACGGGGAUGUUGGAGAUGAUGGCCCCAACGGACCAUGGCCAACUGGAUCCCCGGGUCCCGAUGGACCAUGGCCUGGAGAUCCAAAUUACGUAUCCGGAAUAAAACCAACAAGAAAGCCUUCCCGUAAAGGACCAAUAAGAUAUCACCAGCCUACAAUUUAUUCAUUUGACACAGACAAGUAUGACUCCAUCUCGCAAUAUGAUUUCAAUAACAAAACUGAUUCUUCGUAUACAGGCCACACUCUAAAGGAUAUCGAAUUAUCAAAGUUGUCAUAUCCAGCAAAAGUUAAUACGUUAUUAUACGUAAAUCGUAAUCAGUAUGUACCUCAAUAUGAAACGCAAUACACAUUACCAGACUACAGAAAAAAAGAAACCAUCUACAACGCAAAUAAAAUCAACUCACUGUUGCAAACAGACUCAACACCGUCACCAUUAAAUUACGAGACCAGAGAUCAAUAUACAGACACGUUAAAAUUCAAACCAGAAAAUUAUAAUCAUCUAACACAUACGGAGUUGCAACAAGUGAAGAAACCACCUAAAAAUGACUUCAGGCAAUUUUAUGUGCACGACAGGAAUCAGUAUCAAAAGUCAAUAUUUUAUCCAUCUUAUAAUUCACAACGGCAGCCUUCUAAAAGCUCAGACCAAUUUGAUCAAUUAGAUCGACAAGAAGGCGUAUUUAAUGUGGAACAUAAUGAUUCUGCCGAUGUAAAUGGCAAAAUUUCAAACGUAUCCUUUCAAACGGAUGGAUCUUCCGCUCUGGAACCUACUGCUCCGAAUAGACAGGUAAAUGCACGCCUUGAGCAGACAUUCAAGACGAAUCCCGCUCUCGAAGCUAUCGGGGUUCAGCCGCCCAGCUCCAUCAACGUCAAGCCCUUCUCGUUACCUAGAGGGCCAAAUUCACAAGCAUGUCCCUGUUACUUAGUCGAGCCAAAUAACAACACAAACGUAGCAAACAGCUCGACUCUCACUUCUGUCAUUGGUCAGUUGGGAUUCAUUCCUGUUAUCUUCGUACCAUACUGUCCUGGCAAAGAGAUGGACAGGAAUAAGAUGAAAACUAUGUUCCCGUCCGCUACUCCUGUUCCAUAUGCAUGUGACACAUGUGAUACACAAGACAGCAAACUCAUUGUAAAACCGCUCGACAUAAAUCAACUUGGCAAUAUCGAUUACCUCAAAGAGGCAUUAAAUCAAUCCAAUCUUGGUUUUUUGAAUGUUCCAGUUAAGAGCAACGUCGAACGAAGAAGAACGAAAAACAGGAGGGCGAAAUGAAGAGUGUAGCACUAACUUAUUAAGCUUAAGUUGCGAUCGUUCUAAAAAGACGAAUUUAUCUUCUCCCGGGGAAUAGAAAUAAAUAUAGGAUAUUGACAUUGCCCGUCCGUCAACUGCUGGUUAGUUGAUGGAUGGCCAAAUUAAAAAUAUUUGUAAUAUUUAACGGUAUAAUCGAAGUCAAUUAAAUACAUAAAAACUUCAAACUAAAAAUUGAAUUGAUUCAAAUUUUUUAAAAUAUUAUUUGUCUCCUUUCAGACUAUACAACAUUCGUUUAACACAAUUUUUAAAUGCUUUGUCUUUUAAACAUUUAAGCAUUUAAUAUUAUUUUGAAUUAAGACAAAUUAUACAAAGCUUAUAUUAGAUUUAUCGUAGUUAUUCAUUCAAUAUUUAGUAUGAUGUAAAAGUAAAGAGAAUAUAUAAAAAGAGAAAUCUUUCAAAUGUCAUUCCUAGAUUCUAUGCGUUUCGAUACACACCACAAUAUCCUAAUAUUUAUUAUUACAAUUUCUAAUAGUGAUUUAAAAUUUUUGAAUCAUCCAUAUUCGGUUCUCCGAUAAAAGCUAGAUUAAGUAGUAUAUAUUAAUGAGUAUAUAUUAAGUAGUAUAUAUGAAUUAAAUGUGUAGAGAUUAUUUCAAUAAAAAACAAAAAUU